UUCAGCUGAAAAGAACAGACCUAUAGAAUGCUAGGGUUUUUAACUAGUAUACAUGCUUCUUAUUUUGUUCAAGGAUUAUUGCUACAGAACCACAUAACUGUAUAUAAUAUGGACAGGACUCUAAAGAGCUUGCUGCGACUCUACCCUAUAGUACGUAAUUGUACAGCCUUGUCAAAUUAUGUAACACCGUCUCAAUUGGUUUCAAGUAUAAGUUCAUUACGAAUAUAUAGCACUGAUUUGACAGAUUACACACAACUGGAGGACUUUACGUUGUUAACAACAAAAAGGAAUCGUAUAUCCAAUAAUAUCAGAAUACCACACAGACCAAUGAAAAUCUUGGAGGAAGCAGCAACAAAUUAUACAAAUAUGACUGUGCACGAUGUUGUCGAUACACUGUCUACGUUAUUCAGAGCAUCUAAGAAUGUGAGAGAUGUGCAAAUGAUCAGAGAGCACGUAGGCUUCAUACGUUUAUGUGAAGUGCUGAACAAGGACAUUAGAUUGAUGAACAUGAAUGAUAUUAUUGAAAGUUUAAAAGUAUUCACAUAUUUUCAAAUUCCUACCAACAAUAUUUUGACUCAAUCGCUAUUGCAAAUGAUUCGCACAAACAUAAAUGAGAUAUCUCUUCGAGAUAUAAUCUUUAUAGUUUUUUUAUUAAGGAAAAUGGAUAGAACACCAUUACAAGAAGCACUACUGAUAGCUCUGCCUCUGGUAUUUGAAGCGCAACUGCCCACAAAGUUGGAUUCGGAUGAUAUACUUCUAUUAACAUGGUCCUUAAGAUUUAUAAGUGAAAAUAAUAUAAAUAAUCCAAUGAUACAAGAUAUAAUACUCAGCUCGCUGUGGAAAAAUAUGAAAUGUAAAAAUAAUCUGGAUGUGCAAACAGCUCGGUCCAUCUUCCACAGUUUGUGCUGUUUCGAGUCUCAUCUACCUCCCAUAGCUUUCGACGUAUUAUCCAAAGUACGAACAAUCCUCACAGCCAAUGCAAAACAAUUGAACGUUCAGGACAUAAUUAAGAUACUGAACAAGCUGGUGUUCGUUACUGGAAAGAACAAAGAAUAUGGAUACAAGUUCUACGAUGAGACACUGGUGGAUGCUUGUGUGAACUCAGCAUUAUCCUCAAACAUCAAUUUCACUAGCGGAAUUCAGCUGCUCAAACUAUUGAACGAUCUAAAUUACGCUCACAUAUCCCUUCUGGAAUAUCUAGCAGCGAAAUGCUUCGAAGAGCCGAAUCUAUUAAAGGAUGCGCCAUAUUUUAAACUAUCCAUUUUCUUGGAAGGAUUCACCAAUGCCGAUUACAAGCCGGUAUUCUGGGACACUAUACGCGACGCGAUAUUAGCGAACGAGGUGGAGAAUAGACCUUUCAGGAGAUCCAUGAUCAGAUUUGUUCUACAUUUAAUCGCGCUAGAUUGUUAUAGUCCAAAAUUGCUCGAUAAAGUUUUUUCUCAGAAUAUAAGGAGCGACAAUGAAAUAAUGAGGAAUGUUUAUGCUAGAGAACUGUUACUUUUAUAUCAAAGUGUUAAAACAUUGUAUCCUAUGUACAAUGGAUCCUGGCCACCGUACGAAUUACUUGAAUACGCGACUGUUGCUGCUAACCCAGUUUUUCCUACAUAUUCCGUAAGAGCUGCAUUAGAACUAGCAUUAGGUGGACCGCAGUACGUUCACAAUGAUGUAAGAACAAGACUUGGCCAUUAUAUUGAUCAUGUUGUUGUAAUGAGGAAAGGUGGAUAUCCUAUUGCAAUUAAUACAGUUACGUGCAGCGAGACUAACACGAUUUAUGUCGAGGAUAUACAAACUCCAAGUGAAAGUCAAAUAAUGCUUAUCUUCAAUUUACCAGAUGUUGCGUAUGCUAUGAAUUCACAAAGAUUGAAAAGUACAUGGCUGCUAAAGAUAAAAUCUGCAGAGGCGUUAACAAAAUCCAAUACAAUUGCAAUAAAUUCUGGUUCCUGGAUGAAGUUACCCGAACACGAAAGGGUUCCCUAUUUGAUGCAAGCUAUAAGACUGAAAUGUGAAGAUCUUUCAGUUUCAGCUAAUUGAAAUAUUUUGUAAUCAAUAUUAUAAAAUACAUUGUCCCCCUAAAAAUGUGAAUUUAUUGUAAACAUUUCAUAUUAGAUAUUAGCUAUUAAUGUAUAAUAGCUUCGUAAAUAAAAAAAUAUGUAAUAGAAUAA